AUGGUCGGAUCUGAAAGAGGUGUCAAGGCUGCGGGCCGCGAGUCGCAGUGUUACACGCGAGAUAUCGGUACUCGAAAUUUCUGUAUCACGCCAGGUCGAGAAAAUGUGGAGAGGGAAGAUGGAUUGAGAUAG